CCUCUCUCUCUUCCUCCACCAUCAAACUCCUGCAUUUCAGAAAACUUUAGACUGGCAAACACUGAAGCGACGCUUUCAUUCGAGCAAAGGGAUCGUUUGCCUGUGUGGAUGUUGUUCAGAAACACAAUUAAGAGCGAUGUAGUCAGUCCGGACGGCCGCGUGAAGUCAUGGGUUCAGAGGCGGUAGAGGACUGCGUGCAGGGGGCGCUAUCUUCCCUCUACCCUCCUUUUGAAAGCACCGCUCCUCCUCUCCUCUCUCAGGUGUUCUCCGUACUUGAGUCCACCUAUCAGCACGACAGCUUGAGAUAUCUGCUGGAUUUCUUCAUUCCUGCCAAACACCUUCUGCACAAAUUACAGCAGCAUGCAUGUUCUCAGUAUCUGGGCUGUCUCUUCUUGCACUCUGGUUGGCCACUGUGUUUGGAAGAGAAGGUAGUAGUACAGCUCUCUACUUUGGACUGGAGACUCCUGCGUAGUACUGACUUCUACCUCCAGGUGGUCCCUUUCUCGACACGUUGUCCUCGCCUUGCUCUCAAGUGCCUUGCACCUGGUGGGAGGAAUGUACAGGAGGUUUUAGUGCCAGAGUCACAGCAUCCACUAGUGUUUACUUCAGAGUGGCUACACUGCAUCAACAAGGAGCGUGGCUGCAAGAGAGAAGGUGGAGGAUGUUUGGACACUUGUCUGGUAAGCACAUGUGACGGAGUGGUGCGUAUUCCAUGGGAAGAGGUGGUCUAUCCCAAACUCCUCCACAAUCCAUCCGAUCCUCUACAAGACAGUCCUGACCAAACUGACUUGUCAUCAGGGGGUUUGGGACUUAGUUGGGGCAGCUCUUCAGGAGAGCAUGAUUCCUGGUCCUGGGAUGAAGAGGAUGACUUGCCUCCAGAUGGGAACGAGGCGGAGAUUGAGGCCGCAUUAGAAUGCCUGCGCAGAAGCAACAAUGACCAUCUUGUAGCUGAUGGUGCUGGAGAUUAUGUUGAGCUGCUAGAGCCCAGAGGAGGCCCGGAUGGUGGUGCUGAUCCUAAACAGCGCUAUUUGGAGAUGCAUGGAAUAUGUAAGACCAGAACAUUGCCCCUGUGUAGGAGGGGUAAAGCAAUACGACUACGAAAGGGGAAGGGGAGAGGAUAUGGGAAGACUGAAACUGGUGCUAGGGCUGGAAGUCUGGUACGAAGGGAUAGCAACAAUAACGGUAAAGAUGGUGGAGUUUCCUGCAGUGACUUGGCUACCUCACGGCCUUUGCCUCGUGUCAUUGAUUUGGGUCGCCAAAGAAGGUCAUAUUCCCCUUCGUUCCAGGACUCUGAUGAAGGUGCUAGAGAGCCAGAAGGUCUUGAAAGCAGAUCUCAUUGUACUGACAGUCUGGCCAAAGAGAGGAGGCCAGGGGUAGGAAAAGAGAGAGAUGGGACUGGGGGUACACUGCCCUGGGAGGAGAGAAAGAAGAGUUCUAGCAGGCGAUGUUCCACAGAUGAUAAUGAUGUGGCUAAGAACAAAGCAGAGAAACUGGAAGAGGGACAACAGGCCCACAAUCAAAGAUCGCACUGUAGCUGCGAUGAUAAAAUAUUGGCCAGCACUUCAGACAGUAGACAUGAGGUUGCAACAUUAGCAAAUCUCUCCAACACUACAGAUAAUGGUGCUGUCCCUUUGGCUGUUUAUGGAGAAACAGAAGACAUAAACAAGAAAUUGGCUGGAAAAUCUAGGACACGGACAAUGUCUCUCCAAGAUUCUUCCCUGAACCAUGCGUCUGAUUCUUCAGGUUGUGCACAAAGCAGAACCAAACACAAAGACAAUACCAGUAAAGAGACAACAGAUAAAAUUUUGCUUUCAUCAGGUACAGUAAGCACGACGGAAGAAAAGUGUCCUGGAAAGUCUGAGAACUUUGUUUGCCCCAGAGGAAAAGAAGUAAAAACAGGUGGAUUUAGAGCACCCAGGAGGAAAAGGAAAGCCAAAGGAGGCAAAGGGAAGGCCAAAUCCAAUGGCCGUGUCCAACAUAAAGGCAAAGGUGACCAAACUCCCUCAAAGAACCCGACCAAAGCCACCCAACCGAUCAGCCAUUCUAGCCAAUCAGAGGAGCCUCCCAAGUCACCCAAAGAUUGCAUUGGCUGUGUAGCAGCGACAGACACAGAAACAGAUGCAAAGUCAAAAGCUAAAGAUGGAGAAAGCCAGUCUGGCGCAUCCCUUCAUGACCAUUCCCAAAAUGAGAUGGGAUUAUCCGAAUCUGCUGCUCACUUAGAGUCCAAAUCUCCCCCUCCUCAUCUUAGAGACCUAGAUUUGAAUCUUCUGCAGUCAGGAAAGCUAAUAUUAACAGGUACUAUGGACCGACUGGGACGAGCAUUGGUUACCACAGAAAGUCACCUCCCAGAGGAUGGCUGGAACACAGAUGAAAUGAUCAAAGUGUUGUCCUGCUAUUACACCAUCACCAGACCUAUGGCCAAAGAGAAGGGUCUUACUGUCAUAGUAGACAGCAGAAAGUCUGCCCCGUCUGAACUCUGUCUCUCUGCACUGAAGCUCUUCAAGGGACAGGCAGCAACAGGGCUUGACUCGGUUCUUAUCCUAACUGAGGAACAAGAUGAAUCAACCCAUGCGUGUCUGGAUGGAAUAGAGGUGCAUACGGUACGAGGUACGGGCAUCCUACAGCAGUUUGUGGACAAGCAGCAGUUGCCCAAAGAAAUGGGUGGAGACUUUAACCACUCACAUGAUGACUGGCUCGCUUUUAGACUGAGUUUGGAGCAGCUGACUCAGCGCUGUGAGAGCGCCCUCACCCUGCUGGGAGACGCACUGCAGUCUAUGGACACAGAACCACUACCCGACUGCAUUAAGAAUGUUCCGCUCAGUGUUGACAAACAUAGACAGUUAAUGACAAGCAUCCUCACUGACCAACGGCUGACAGAGCUGCAGCAGAGGGGCGGGGCUUGGCUGGCAGGUCUGGCCAAUGGGACAUCAGGGUUGGCGCAGAAAUCACCAGACUGCAAGGCUGCUUUGGCAGUGACCACUAACCUGUAUGACAGUGUGGAUGAUGCGCUUCACCGGCUGGUGCGUGUGUCUAAUCAGAGGGGUCGCGACCUGGAAGCGCUAGGGAGAUUGGCUGCACUUGUGGAUAAAUUAGACAAGUGUGAGAGAGACAUAGAGCACGUACAGCAGCAGCUCGAGGACUAUAAACAUCCUCCUCUGUCUCUCAGCAGACUGUCACUCAAACAGCACAAGUUCAAGAGCUUCAGAGAGUCUGCGAUGGAGCUUCACAGUGAGACUCUGGUAUUGCUGGGAGAGGUGGAGAGCUGGUCUGAGCUGGACUGGCCUGGUCUCACAGCUGUGCUGGACAGACUCCCUCCGAUAAGGGAAAAAGUACGAGACAUGUCCCACUGUCUGUCGGACUGCUGGACACAGCUGGACAACACACAACGUCUUCUGUCUACACUUACUGAAGCGUCUCAGUGGUGUGACGUGGUGUCGUCCUCCUCUCCUUCCUCUUCCUCGUCCUCCCCUCUCUCCUCUCUCCCUCCCAUCCCUCCAUCACGUUUCCAGGACGCUCGUGCUCUUGCGCUGGAUCUGGGCGGUGGGGCUUUGCUGGACCUCUGGUCCCAAACUCUGGAGCGCUAUCAGAAAACACUGGCUCAGUUUAAGAGCCGAAUCCUGCAGGCGGAAAGAGGCUCCUCAACGGCCCAGGGUCAGGAGCCGGACUCCGGGGGACGAGGAAGGACUCCCGCCCCCAGCACGUCCAGCCUGGGGGAUUUAGAGGGGGAGAUCGAGCCGGACUGGUGCCCUGGAGGAGGAGAGGGGGCCCUGCAGUCCUGGGGUUCACUGGCGUCUCUCUUCCGGCCACAAAACUGCUCAACGCUCAAGAUUGGAGAGGAAAAGAAGAAAGAGGGGGUGAAUCCAGGAGGGGGGAAGUUUCUGCAAAAUCUGCUGCACCCAGCCAAGAAAAAUGCCACAGACGCACCCCUCCCUCCCAAACCACCUCGCAAGCGUCAUCCCAGUUUCGACCUCCAGGCUCUGCUGGCCCCGCGGCGUUCGGCCGCCGUGUCUAAGCCCACCGAGUCCACAUCAGGCCAGUCCUCUCCGCUCUCCUGGCUAGGCCGCCAGGCACUGACGAAUCCCAUCCUUACGGCAGGGGUGGCAACAGCAGUUCCAGGAUGGAGGGAACCCGCUGGAGGAGGAGCAGGAGCAGGAGCAGGAGCAGGAGCAGGAGCAGCAGGAGGAGGAGGAGGAGUGCUGAUCAGAGGUGUGGAGGUCAGCAGUAAGGAAGUGGCGGAUCAUACAGGUUUCACGCGCCAACACGUGCUGCUCAGUCGCACUGAAAGAGAAACAGGUGUGGAGAGAGCAGGAGCGACCGCACAGAGCAAGCUCUACUUACAGUGGUGUCGGCUGGUCAGCACGGAGAGGCAGUAUGUGGCUGUUCUUAAAGGUGUGGAGGAAAACUAUCUGCCCCUUUUGGAGUCUUCAGAUGUCCCGUCUGCAUUGAGAGGAAAGACAGAGUCACUCUUCUGUAACUGGAAAAGCCUCACUGCCUUUCACUCGCAGUCACUCCUCCCUGCCAUGGAGGGCGCUCUCUCCCAGACACUGCAGCAGACCGACUGUUUCAGCAAAUUUAAGGAUCAGUUUCUUCUGUAUUCCCACUACAUCCGGAUGAGACCUGAGCCGGACGCUCUGCUCAUCAAUCAGGCUGCUGACUUCUUCAGGUCAAAGCUGUCUUCCUCUCUUGUUCCUGCUCCUCCGUUUCCUCAGUGUCUUUCCACUCCCGUUCAGAGACUGGAGCAGUACUGCCAGACACUGGAGGAACUGGGCGGCCUCAAUCCCACCUCUGACUCCGCCCUCUCCAUCCUCAAACACGCCCAGCGGCACGGCGAGGAUCUGCGAGCCAGUGAUCUCAUCACAGGGUGUCCGAUUCCUGUGGCGGAGCGUGGAGAGCUGGUGCGUCAAGGUGAGCUGUGUGUUUGCGGUGGAGGCCGACGGAAGAAAACGGGAAUCAGAAACGUCUUCCUCUAUCAGAACUAUCUCAUCUUCACCAAACACAAAACACCUAACCCGGGAUGCAGUGUGUACAGCUUCAAACACAGCAUUAAGACGGGUGAGAUGGGUCUCACUCAGAGCGUCGGCGAGGACGGACUGAGGUUUGAGGUGUGGGUGAGACAGGUGUCCCGGACCAGGGACUGUCUCACUCUCCAGGCCUCCAGCGCGCAGGAGAGAGAAACCUGGAGCCACGAUAUCGCGCAGCUGCUCUGGACUCACGCCAUCCACAACACGGAGUUGUGUCUGAAGGAGUCUCUGUGCAUGGGAGUUUCCAGUAAGCUGCUACUGGAUUUGACGGGAGCUCAAGCUUCAGAACUGGACUCCAGCUUCAGCCUCAACGACAGAGUUCAGAGCAGUUGUUCAGAUUCGUCUUCUGUGGGCAGCAUGAAAGAGGGCGACUCACCCGCCUCUGCAAGAGAUUCAAAGAGAAACGGCGAGCAAACAGGUCACACUCAGAGCUCUUCACCCUCCACCUCUGUGUGAAUCAUUUCAACUUAUAAUGCAAGUCUUAAAAGUAAUAUACAACAGGUGCUGUUUCUUUCAUCAACACAACCACAUAUUUACGACUGGGACAACUGGACACAAACUGGAUCAUGAGACACACACAGCCGUGUAAAUACAGUAUUACAGAAGACUGGAGGUCGUGUGCUGGCAGCCGUCUCGCUUCUUAUACUUUCAGUUGCUCUUGAUAAUUGACUUUCAGGUAGUGAAUCCAAGUUGAUUCAACGUCUCAGGCCUAUCACACACAUUAGAAACUAAAAUCAGAUGACAUUAAAGUCAACAUGAAAUCAGAACCACGUUAGGGCUAUCCAAGAUGUAGAUGAGUUUUGCUUCAUCAGAUUUGGAGAAUUGCAUCAAUUGCAGUGAAUGGGUGCCAUCAGAAUGAGAGUCCAAACAGCUGAUUUAAAACAUCAGAAUUACACACAAGUAAUCCACACCACUCCAGUCCAUCAUUUAACAUCUUAAGAAGCCAAAAGCUGGAUGUUUGUAAGAAACAACUCCAUUAUUAAUACAUUUUUGACUUCAAACUGUUUCUUCUGGCUAAAAUUUGAGUCCAUCUCCUGUUGCCUCUCACAUCAGAAAAUCCUGCCACAUAUUUGUUUAGAGCUGUUUUGGCUUGUAAACGGUGCUUGAUCUGUACAGAUUUCUCUCCUGAUUCAGACUUUUUUUUACAAGGUGUUAACUGAUGGACUGGAGUGGUGUGGAUUUCUUGUAGAUUAUUGUGAUGUUUUUAUCAGCUGUUCAGACUCUCAUUUUGACGGCACCCAUUCACUGCACGUGAUUCAUUUGGUGAGCAAGUGAUACAGUUUUCCCCACCUUUCUCCAAAUCUGUUCCCUUGAGGAAACAAAGUCAUCUACAUCUUGGAUGACCUGAGGGUGAGCACAUUUUCAUCAAAUUUUCAUUUUGGGUGGACUAUUCUCUAAUACACUUUACUUGUGCAUGAAUAUUUGAUGUACAUUAUACCAAAGAAAAAGUGUUUAUCUUUAUAAUCUUUAUCAGAAUGUAAUAUCUUUCUUCACCUCUGAAAUGACUUUCCAUUCCGACUGAAAAUAAUAAUAUAAAGACUAGAGCAAUAAUAUGAAAUAAAGCAAGAUGUUUAAAGGACUAUUGGGAAACAUGAAGAUUUUCUGGAAGGUGAGCUUGAUAUUUCAUGUUGACUUUAAGGUCAAUAUUUAUGUGGGAGUGAACUUUCGCUCACUAAGUGCUACAGCAGUCACUUGGAGCUUUAAACUUCAUUGUAAAUGUCUUGCAAGUACGGAUGAAAUCCAAACCAAAGACACGUUUUGCAAGAUUGUGCCAAAUGCGAACUCGAAAUGUUACAAGUAGCAAAGAUUCUGUCAAUGCAGCUUUUUUCAAGUGGCACUUUGUAAUAUAUGAGUUAAACGCUUUAACAGAUUUUGUAUAUCAAACUUCGACGUUUUUGGCCGAGGACACAUCUGGUAUUUCGGCCCUUCUCCAUCUCAGAGUAGUGAAGAAAAGGGAAGGUUUUCUCCGUUCUCUGAGUUUAGUUAAGCACCAGCUGUCUUUUAUUGCCACGGCCGAUCCGAGAGCCAAAUCCAGACCUGCGUUUCAAAAGAGAACUGCUGUGGAUGGUGUGUUUUAUGCUUUAUGAGUUAUGUAAUUAUUUAACUCCGCCCUCAGCUUUUCCAUUAGCGAGAUUCUGCACAGUCUUAAAGAGUAUUAGAUGCUGGAACGCUAAUCUACUCAAAGGUUCAACCGCGUAAAAACUGACUCCAGCAACUGUAAUCCACUUUUGAAUUUAUGAGGUCUGACUCUGGAAAAUCAUCCUUUAUAAGCUCUGUUUGUACUUCAAGUCAUCUGUCUUGUUGCAUAUUUUCGAUGGUGGAAACUCUGGGCUUCUGAGCAUUUCUUCUACUGAUGAAACAACAGCCAAAAGUUUUUGUUUUUCCUUGCGUUCAAGAGGUUUUAUUCUGCCGAGCUCUGUAUUGAGCUUGAUCUGCUGAUACACCCAUGGAAAAGAAAAAUCCAAAAUAAGAUUUUAUUUUUUUUAAACUAUAUGCCAGGUUCUGUACAAGUUUGGAUCAAUCAAAAGCCUUUGUGGUGUAAUAUUGAUUACCACUUAUGAUCGCCAGUUUUGAUGAUCACAACUUACACUGGGGCUCUUACACCGGUGGUGAAGUAAUUCUCUGAAAGUACUUCUGCUAAAACAUGCUCUUAGUUUGAGGUGUAAAGUUUAAAUCAUUUUUUACAGUCAUUUUAAAUUUUAAAUGACUGUAAUCAACUUUGAAAUGAUCUUCACAACAAAAUUGUACAGUUGGAUAAACUACACAAAAGUAGACUAAAAUCAUGUUAAAGGGGUCCUAUUAUGCUUUUUCACUUUUUGAAUUUUAGUCAGUUUGUGGUUGCGUCUCUUUCGGCAUAAAAAAAGAUCUACAAAGUUGCAAAUCUCAAAGUCCACUCCAAAGGGAGAUAUUUUGUUUUUAAAAAAUUUCUUUUCAAGAACUACAACGAAUGGCUCCUUUGGACUACAGCGUUUGUUUUCCACAUGCUAUGAUCUCACAACGCGGUCCAUUAGAAUAUUAUUAAAAUAAAUCCUGCCUACGGAAAUUUGAAUUGUUGAAGUUGGAUGCCAGUCGCCGUUAAACAUCAAAGAGGAAGAAAAGAUUCGAAUUGUUGGGGGGUGGGUAGCAACGAGGUGGGGGAUUAGCCUAACUUUAGCAAUGCAGCGCGGACUAGAGUGGCCGCUUCAGAGCAGUAACGCGCCUCAGACGUGUGCAGUACAGGGGCUCGAAACAGCGAUCUACUCCGGUUGCCGCAUCGGAGCCGUAACACACUGCAGACGUGUGCAGUGUGUGGUAAGAGAUUUAUUCAUCAUACAGUGUAGAGAGCUUCACUCAUAACACGAGUGUUUUUUUAAAAUGCAUAAACUUGCACUCAAAUAAGCUAGGCUAAUCAGUGAUCAUGUUCUUUGAUAAUGUUAAUGUUAGGCUGCUUUUAGCCUUAUGCUGGAGCUGGUUUUGGGCAAUGAGACGAAGUAUGUAAAAUAAUUAAAUAAAUUAGCACGAUAAUAUCAUGUGUCGGCGAUCUCGCAGGCUGACAAUAGGACCCAACACUACUGUAGCGUAUUAUUUACUCACCCUCCAUGCAUCCUAGGUGCAUAUGACUUCCUUCUUUUAGACGAAUGCAGUCGGAGUUGUAUUACAAAUUAUCCUGGUACUCCCAAGCUUUAGAACGGCAUAGGCGGGUGUUUCUCUUCAUUAGUCUAAAACAAGUCAAUAAAGUGGGGGAGGGAUCAGUGAAGGCCUCAUGUAGUGAAAUGAUGAAUUUUUGUACAAAAAAUAUCCAUAUUUAAAAUGUAAGAAUCAUUUUAAUCUAGCUUGUGCUAACUGCUUUGGCAAAGGGGCAUAGCAGGACGGAAACACUGUCUAAGCUGUUCACCAAUCGCAACGCAGUGGGACAGCUAACCUAACAUUUUGUUUUUCGGAAGGCGGGCCUUCAUUAAACCCAGAACUAAUCAAGCCAUUUGUGCCAGACUGGGGAGAAAAGUAUUGUAAUAAUGUGAAUUAUAUAAAAAAUAAUGCGUUUUUCAAUCCGCUAAGCACGAGAGCAUGUUGUAGUACACCCCCAAAACAAAAUCUAGACUUUGUAAAAGAGCAUAAUUUAAGGCACAUGAUUUUAUGCUGAAACUGAGUAUUUUAACAAAUUUACAAACUGGCACCAUUUACUUCCAUUGUAAGUCCCUUGUGAAAACGUAGUGAAAUAAAUAUGUAAGAUUCUAUUACUGAAAUGAAAGGCCACAUUAAGUGCACUUAAUGAGAGUACACUUCAAAAAAGUGUGAUUUUUAAAUUGAAGUAGGUAGAAUGUUUUUAAAGUAUACUUUAGUUUUAUUUAAGUUCAGCUGUCUGCAUGUAAAGGAAUUUUAACCUAAAAUACAUUUUCAUUUAAUUGCAGUUAACUGUGUUCAAGUAUUUUUUAAAGUAUAUACACUUUUUUUAAAGAAAAGGAGAGACCCGUUGAAGUUUGCUGUGGUAACAAACAUUAUGCCACAAAUCUGUUGAUUGACCUUGACCUGAACUCUGAAUAUUCUUUUAAUAGUAGUAGUAGAGAUUAUCCUUUUGUGAGAAAAAAAGUUUCAGAAGAGAUCUCAGUAACAUGCUACAAAAGUGUGCAGUCAAAGAAAUAUUCUGAGAUAAAACACAUCUGAGAACUGCAGAAGAGCAACCUCCGAGCAAUAGAAAUGUGCUACGUUAGUAAAAAUGGGAAAUUGCACAGUUUCUUCAAUAAUUUAGGCAUUUCGGAGGACAAAUCCCAUUUCUGAGAAAGACGGACCACUUAGAGAGGAGCGUAGGACUGAAACACGCCCGACCCCAAACCUGUGCGAGUGUGGGAGGAAUGUACUGUAUCUACAGCACGAAACCCACAUUCAGGCCAAAAAUACUCUCCGCAGCGGGGCGUGUGUGCGAUCCAGCUCUCUCCCAAACCAUAAAUACCUUGGCGUGAUUCAUAGUUUUGAUUGUAAACAGGAACGUGUGCCAGAGAAACAAGCUGUCUUUAUAAGCCUCAUCAUGUAUUAAUGUUUACAUUUUUGAACGCUUUAAAUUGCAUGCUCCUUUUUGACUUUGCAACUGUUUAAUUGUCUUUGUGGGAAUAUUAAAUGAACAGAACCAA